AUCCAUAUAAAUACCCAACAGUGCGAUCUGGUGUGACAUAGAUUGCUGGGCAUAAGCCAGAAGGAAGAAGAUGACGAGAAAGGACACCUUGUUUCUUGUCACUUGCAUAGGAGUCUUAGGCCUGUCGUCUGCACUUCUGAAGUCAAUUCCGUUUCCGGUCGAGUUAGAAGAAUGCUACAAAUUACGCUCUUACAACAUGACGCCAUCUGAUUCGGUUGCCAUUAGUAUACAGAAUUUCUGCUUUCGAAAUUUUCAAUAUACGCAGCUAUCUGCUGGUAAAAUAUGGUCCGGUCCAAACAUCACACAAGACGGAAUUAACUAUAUUAAUAGUUUAUUCCGACAAAUCUUUGCUGAAGCAAGGGAGGUAGAAAAAUACAACAGAAAAGGUGGGCGUCACAAACGACAAGCAUUCCCUGGAAGAUACAGACGAGAGGUGCGAAGUCCAGGGGCUUUACAGCGGUUUGCAGCUUGUAUUAAUCGACUACAGAGAGAGUCUGUCGAAGAGAAUGAAAGGAGAAACACUUACCAAACAUUCUCUGUUUUCCAUUCCGGACCAUCACUGAGAAGUGCUCACGAUGGUCCCGCUUUUCUCCCAUGGCACAGGAUCUACUUACUACUCCUCGAGACAGCAUGUAGGUCCCCAAUCCCUUACUGGGAUUCUGCUCUUGAUCACGAGAUGGAAGAUCCUACCGAUUCAAUUCUUUGGAGUGACGAAUUGCUCGGAAAUGGUGACGGUGUGGUCACCAGUGGGCCUUUCCGAAACAUGCGAACACUUCUUGGAGGUCCCUUAAUCAGGAAUGUUGGAACAGGUGACAGCGCUCUAUUCACCAAGGAGGGUCUCAGAGCUGUUUUGAGUCGAAGAAAUUAUGGAGACAUAACGGAACCUAAAGUAGGACAAGACUAUGUUUUCAGUUUGGAGGGCCAUCAUAAUGGUCCACACAGCUGGGUUGGAGGCCAUCUAGGAACAGUGAAUACUGCACCGUACGAUCCUGUGUUUUACAUGCAUCAUGCUUUCAUUGAUGCAGUUUGGGAACAAUUUCGAGACCAGCAGGUCGCCAAUGGAAUUAAUCCAGAACGGGAUUAUCCUAACCCCCCUCAUCCUACAGGGCACGGACCUAAUGACAUAAUCGACUUUAGACCUUAUAUAUCUCCAGUAACUAAUAUUUUUGCUAUGUCGGAUAUUGUUGCAAAUCUUGUCAGAUAUGAACCUUUUCCAACCUGUAGGAAUGGAUGUAAUGGUAGUCCUUAUUUGCGUUGCCAAAGGACUUCUUCCGGUCAAGUCUGUGUAUCUAGAGAUCGGCCUGGUGCACAAUCGGGUAGGACCAAUUUCGCUGCUUUUGACUCAGAAGGUAUACGGCCUAUGUCAGACUCACUUAUGAUGGCUCAAGCAAGCGGGCCUAUUCCUGGUGGCUCUAGGUUCCGCACAGCGCCAUUUAAUGAUAGGCGAAAUGGAGGAAUUGUAAUGGGUACUGCUCCUGUUGCACCUGAAAUCCAGGCAGCUAGGAUGGAAGUGAGAGAAGUUGUUCAAGAACGUAAACGACGAGAUGUUUCCAAAAUAUCUCAAAAUGGUACAACCAAUGGUGCUCAUCAUCAAUCUGUUUCCUCCCUUCAACGGUCGUUUACAAACACUUUCCUCCUUGACGGAGAGCUAGAUCUUAAGCGAUGGGUUUAUGUGCCAGUUCGUAUUGUGCACACUAGAUCUCUAAAUGUCGACGGUGUUGACCCUACCUUUUAUGGAGAUGUAAGAUUGUCAGAUAAUGUUUGUCACACAGUUCAAUCUGGUGCUUCAAAAGUGUUUGUGGCUUCCAAUGGUUUAGAUUAUUUUGGAACAUAUAAAGAAUUUGUGAUAAUAGAUGAAAGGCAACCGGUUUCCGUUACAACAACUGCUGUAGGAAUAAAGAACCCGGAUUAUGGUGAAGGAGAGGUUCUGUUCACUGCAUAUGACUCUUGUGGAAGGCCAUGUCGUCCUUUGUGUUUGACGGAAAGCAAAGGACAACAGAAGUAUAAGGCUUGCUCUGGGGCUUUUAAGAUCUCGUCUGCUAAUCCUAAGAUGUAUAAACCUACGUAUAAAGAUGCCACAGCUGGUGACUGGAUACUGCACAAUUCGGUGGAUUCAUUUUCUUUGGAUCCACAAACUCCAAUUACUUUUGUAUGUGGAAAUAGUGAAACAUGGCCCUGGGAAUUUUAGAAUUUUUUACAUACAUGUAGAAUGGUUUGUCACAAAUUUUAUUGAUCUGUGCAACUUUGAGAAAAAUAAAGAUUUAGUAAAGUAACAGUUUAA